CAGUCUAGGUGGUGGCGGUGGCCCUCGCCAGUGGCCCCGGUCGCCUCGCGCUCGACCUCGCGGCGAUGGAGGGACCCCAGGAGCCUCUGGGUGGGAAGCUCCGGCUGUGCUUCUCGCCUGCUGCCCGGACCAGCCUCCUCCUGCUCAGGCUCAACCACGCGGCGCUGCGGGCGCUGCAAGAGUGUCAGCGGCAACAGGUACGGCCGGCGAUCGCCUUCCAAGGCAACCGCGGGUAUCUAAGACUCCCAGGCCCUGGCUGGUCCUGCCUCUUCUCCUUCAUAGUGUCCCAGUGUGGCCAGGAAGGUCCUGGUGGUGGCUUGGACCUUGUGUACCAAAGGUUGAGCAGAUCUGGACCUAACUGCCUCCACUGCCUGGGCCCACUCAAGGAACGCCUCACCAUUUGGGCAGCCAUGGAUUCUGUCCCAGCCCCAUCUUUAGUUCAGGAACACAUCCUGACUGAAGAAGCCAGAGACCCAGGGAGCUGGCAGAACACUGGAGACGGAGACGACUCUGAAGGAGACACAGUAUCACAGGCACAGGUGGCAUUAGAAGAGGUGCCAGAUCCCCUGGCAAGCAACCAGAGACAGUCACUCCCAGGAUCCUCCAGGGAACAUAGGGCACAAUGGGAAGUGAGGAACCAGACUCAUCUUCCAACCGCGGAGCCUGAUCACAGACUGUCUUCCUCUGCCAGCCAGAAACAUCUGGACAAGAAACGUCCAGCAUCCGCAGCCACUUCAGAACUAGAAGAAAAAAGGCGCAGAGCUCUGCCUCUAGCCCCAAGUCCCCUGCAAGGGCUGCCCAGUCAGGACCUACAAGAGGAAGACUGGGAACAAGAAGAUGAAGACAUGGGCCCCCGGCUGGAUGACAGUCCCUUGGUUCAAGCAGGUGAGUUAAUGAGAGGAGGGAAAAACUGCCAAAGCAGAAAAAGACCUAAAAUCACCUUUGUGAUCCUUGCUUCCUUCCUAGACUCUGAAUCCCCGAGCCCUGAAGAGGUACCAGACUACCUCCUGCAAUACAGAGCCAUCCACAGUGCAGAGCAGCAACACGCCUACGAGCAGGACUUUGAGACAGACUAUGCUGAAUACCGCAUCCUGCAUGCCCGCGUUGGAGCUGCAAGCCAGAGGUUCAUGGAGUUGGGAGCAGAGAUCAAGAGAGUUCAGCGAGGAACUCCUGAACACAAGGUGCUGGAAGAUAAGAUAGUCAAGGAAUAUAAAAAGUUCAGGAAGCGGUACCCAGGUUACAGGGAAGACAAACGUCGCUGUGAGUACCUGCACCAGAAAUUAUCCCACAUUAAAGGCCUCAUCCUGGAGUUUGAGGAAAAGAACAGGGGCAGCUAAAGCCAUCAGAGGGCUCUGGAUCCUCCACCCAGUGAGAGCUAUGAAGGAACACAGAAGCCAUGAACUAUGUAGAGUGCAACUUGUCUGCUUUUCUUCUUGCUGACCCCUCGAGUCUAUGGCAGCAAGCAGGAGAGCUGCUCUAGGCUCUUGAGGUUUGAUUUUCAUUGUCGCCAGAUUUUAAUUUUUAGGGUUGGGCACAGCGCCGACUCCACGGCUGUGCCCAGAAGUAGCAGAGGCUUGGCUCCUUCACCUCUAGCUCAAUCAAAUCAAUUUCGCAUCCUGAGAGAUGACACCAUAUCCAGGACAAGGUAUCUUGAGGAUGUGAGACAAACUAAGUGAAUCUAGCCUGGUAGCCCCCCUAGGGAAAUGAUAACAAGAGCUAUUGGUGACAAGUUAAAGGAACCUGUAGCACACCUGGAUGUAAUGAGCACUGCUAUCUUACUGAAGGGAGAAGGGCUUGCGUGUUACCCAUGUACUGAAAGUAAAUUCUUUUACAAACAUGACUGAAAAAUUCAGACUGCUUCUGUGUCCUUUGUAGAAGUUUAUAUGCUCCCGUUAAAUCUUCCGAAGCAGUGAUUCUUGUGCCUGGCUGUGCAUCGGACCCAUUCAGGUGGCUCUCUAGAGGCCCGGAUCCCAGCCUGGGUCUUCUGAAUUAGAACUGCCAAGGUUAUGGUGUAGGCAUCUUUUCAAAGCACUAUGGACAAUCCUGAUAUAUAUAUUUUGUUAUAAAUCCUCUACCAAGCUGACAGCUGGAGAUUACAGUAGGAAUAAAGCUCUCAUUUUGUAAACACAGGUGUUUGGAGGACCACCUAAAAUUAGGGCUCCUGUCUGGAGUUACCUAGUGACUGAAAAUUAUGACAGGUUUUGGCUUUAGCCACAACAAUGAAGAGGGAAAUGGUUCAAUUAGUUUGAACAAAGGGAGACCACUCCAGUCCUAUCCUUUUCAUCCCACACUGCUGCAGAGGAAAGCAGAUGUUACCGCCUUUCCCAGUCCCACUGGAGAGGGAAGUUAACGGGCCACCCGUGGGCUCUGGGAGAGAAAGCCGCAUCCAGUAACAUCGGCAAUUCCUGAAGCAGCCUGGACGGAACCCCGACCUGCCACCACACCCAUGCAGGGCAUCCAGGCAGACAGCAGCCCCUGGGGAGGUAUAAACAUGCGUGAGCACAGCUGCAGGGCAAGGAUAAAAAGCAGCCCAUUCCUGGGCCUGGGCAGAACCAGAAUCAGCCAACAGGAAAGGUAUCUUACCUGUUCUAAUCAUUAGGCUGGGGGCUUGGAAAAUAAACAUGUAAGGAUAGAAAGAGAUGAGAAAUUUGGAUUCACAAGUGAUAGCUCUGAACCCAGUUAAUUGGUCCAGAGCUGCACUGAUCAACAUGGUUCCCACCGGCCUUACCUGUGGCCACUUAAACAUAAAUUAAUAAAAUUUUAAAAUGUCUUUCCCAGGCCCAUGUCAAUGCCCAAUGGCUGCACAUCCUGGAGAGUGCAGACUAGAGAACAUUGCCGUCACUGCAGAAAAUCCACAGGGCAGUGUCGCUCUGGAGCCCCUGGUUCUCCAUCCCGUGGAAAAAGACAGUUUAAAGGGGGCUGUUUAUUGUUACUGCUCCAAAUGUACAAAAAAAAUUAGAAAAUAACCCCCAACUCA